AUGAUGAACAACAAAGUAAAAGCCCAGGGCCUUGUGUCCGAUUUGAUGCCCAACAUCAAAUUGAUGCAAGCUUCAGGACACUUCUUAUUCAAUUAUUAUUCAGACAACUCUGGCAUGUCCAUGCUCUUACGCAAGAUCUAUUCUAGCGUGCAUGCAAUACUAAUCGUCAUCAACUAUGUGUGUAUGGUUGUCAAUAUGGCGCAGUACUCCGAUGAAGUGAACGAACUAACAGCUAACACUAUCACCGUUCUUUUCUUCGCUCAUACGGUGAUCAAAUUGUUGUUCUUCGCGCUCAAUUCCAAGAGCUUUUACAGGACCUUGGCAGUGUGGAACCAGUCAAACAGCCACCCCCUGUUCACGGAAUCGGACUCACGCCAUCAUCAACUAGCUCUAACCAAGAUUAGGCGGCUCUUAUACUUCAUCUGUUCUAUGACUGUUUUCUCUGUUGUCAGUUGGGUGACACUUACGUUCUUUGGCGAAUCAGUUCGCCUGAUAGCCAACAAGGAGACUAAUGAGACUAUAUCUGAGCCUGCUCCCAGACUGCCUCUGAAGACCUGGUACCCCUUCGAUGCCAUGGGCGGGUCUAUGUACAUCAUUGCUUUUGCUUUCCAGGUCUACUGGCUGUUCUUCUCCAUGAUAACAGCUAAUCUCAUGGACGUCAUGUUUUGCUCAUGGUUGAUCUUCGCGUGCGAACAACUACAGCAUCUGAAGGCCAUUAUGAAGCCACUGAUGGAGCUCAGUGCGUCUUUAGACACGUAUAGGCCGAAUACAGCGGAGCUUUUUAGAGUUUCUUCUACAGAAAAGUCAGAAAAAGUGCCAGAUCCCGUGGACAUGGACAUACGUGGUAUAUACGCCACGCAACAAGACUUCGGCAUGACGCUGCGAGGGGCUGGCGGUAGACUCCAGACCUUCGGCCAACAGAACAACAAUCCGAAUGGGUUGUCCCAAAAACAGGAGAUGUUGGCUCGAUCUGCUAUUAAAUACUGGGUGGAGAGGCAUAAACACGUUGUAAGAUUAGUUACAUCAAUAGGGGACACCUAUGGUACUGCUCUACUGUUCCACAUGUUGAUAUCCACGAUAACUUUGACGCUUUUGGCUUAUCAGGCAACUAAGAUUGACGGUAUAAAUGUAUACGCGUUCAGUACGAUUGGCUAUCUCAGUUACACUCUCGGCCAAGUGUUCCAUUUCUGCGUUUUUGGAAACCAACUCAUUGAGGAGAGCUCGUCAGUAAUGGAAGCGGCUUAUUCUUGCCAAUGGUACGACGGGUCGGAAGAAGCCAAAACCUUCGUUCAGAUCGUCUGUCAGCAAUGCCAGAAGGCUAUGAGCAUCUCAGGAGCCAAGUUCUUCACUGUGUCACUUGAUCUAUUUGCUUCUGUCUUGGGUGCUGUAGUUACAUACUUCAUGGUGUUGGUACAACUGAAGUAG